AUGUUAGCAAAAGUUCUUCGUAAAAACUCCGCUUUAACCACUUUGGAUCUUGGCUAUAAUCCUCUUGGUCUUACAGGGAUUAAUGCAUUAAUGAACGCUCUUCACACAAAUACCACCUUGACAUCUUUGAUUAUUCCUUUGUCACUUACUUUCAACGGAAUAAAAGCGUUAGUCAAAGCUCUCCGUAUAAACAAUACUUUAACUUGUUUACAAAUUGACAAGUUGUAUGAAAAUUAUAUCGAGUCUAGAGGAGCAAAAGCACUGGCAAAAGCUCUCUAUAAAAACAAUACUCUGAUUACUUUAGUAAUCAGUUUUAACUUUAUCGACUUUGAAGGGGCAAAAGCAUUUAGAAAAGUUCUUUAUACGAACACUACAUUAGCUUAUUUAGACCUUUCUUGUAACGAUUUUGAUUUUGAAGGAACAAAGGUAUUAAUAGAGGCGUUAACAAAAAAUAAUACUUUAAUAGCCUUAAAAAUUUGUGAUUAA